GCAUUCAUGGCAUAUGGCGCUCCCACACACCGUAUCGAGGAGUACACCCUCCAAAUGUUCAAGGCCCUGGAGAUGGAAGGCCGGGUCAACUACACCGUGGGCUGUACGGAGAUUUCCUUUAUUAACCCUAUCGACCCCGCCGACCCCUUCACAAGAUCCGCCUACACCACCAUCGUCAAGGCCCAGGGGCUCGAUAUCGGUGCCUGCGAGGUUGUCUUCCACCUCUACAAGGACGUCGUACACGGAGAGGUCUCCAUCGAGGACGCGACGCAGUCCCUUGCCACCCUCAUCGCCUCCCCACCGUACUACAAGCCGUGGUGGAUAGUGCCCUUCUAUGGUUGUGCGUCAGCGCUGGCUUGUAUCUGGGCCUACAGCGGAUAUUGGUUGGAUAUGCCCAUUGCCUUCCUGCUCGGCUGCAUCGUAGGCACGCUCCAGGUCAUCCUCGCCGCCAAGAACCCCCUAUACGCCAAUGUUCUUGAGGUCACUGCGGCUCUCAUCACCUCGUUUGGCGCGCGCGCCUUCGCUUCCAUUGGUUCCGCUCAGGAAUACUUCUGCUUCGGCUCCGUGGCCGAGUCCUCCAUCACCACGAUCCUGCCGGGAUAUAUUGUGCUGUGCGGUAGUCUCGAGCUGCAGUCCAAGUCCAUCACCGCAGGAUCUACCCGUCUCUUCUACGCCAUCAUUUACUCGCUGCUUCUGGGUUAUGGCAUGGCCGUCGGCUCGCAGCUGUGGGGCGCCAUCUACCCCGACGCACCCGCCACCGCGACAUGUCCGCGGUCUGUGGAUCCGCGCUGGAAGAUCCUGCUCGUCCCGAGCUACCUGGUCGUCCAGGCUGUCCUUAUUCGCUCCCGCCCGCGUCAGGUCCCCGUGCAGGUUAUUAUCGGCUCGGCGGCGUACACUGUCAACUACUUUGUGUCGCAGUACGCCACGGCCCAGGUGGCAGACACAGCUUCGGCGCUCACGUUGGGAGUGCUGGGCCAUCUUUGGGCAAGGUCGCAGCGAGCUUUUGCAUUUGCGGCCGUGGUUGCUGGCAUAAUGGUGCUUGUACCCUCGGGCCUCUCCGCGCAAGGCGGCUUGAUCACGGGCCUCGAGACGCCCUUGUUCGACAACUCGACCACGAGUGCCGAGUCAAUCUACGAGAAGAACAUAUACCAGAGUUUCAGCGUAGGCGCCCAGAUGAUCACGGUGGCCAUCGGUCUAGCCGUGGGCAUCUUUAUGUCUGCGCUGGUGGUGUAUCCGCUGGGUAGGAAGAACAACGCCCUGUUUUCCUUUUGA